AACUCCGCAUCAGUAGAUCACCCAAACAAUACCAGCCAUCCGAAAUAUUGUAGCUUAUACUGUAGUAAGCUCAAUAGCUUUUGUCAAAAUAAAAUGUAAAAUUAUAUAGAAGAUAAAAACGAAAAUGAAAUGUAUCUUUCGAUAUCGACCACCGUUUAUUUUCUUGUUGGCGGCACUCUACCUACACAUUGUUAAUGUCGCUGCAGUAAAGAUCAGGAGGCUGUCAGUUCCACGUUGGGUUGAGAAUGGGACAGAAAGACCCAUUACGCUGGACUGCGAGUACUUAUACACCCAUAACGACUUGCACUUGGUGGUCAAAUGGUUUUAUAAUAACGAGGUAAAGCCGGUUUACCAGUGGAUUCCAGCGCUCAGCACCCGUUACGUUUCAGGGUUUCUUCAAGGACGGUUGGAUGACACUUUUGUAGCAGAACCAAUGGACUCGUACUCUCGAUACCGGGCUCUGAGGAUCAUUAAACCUACAAUUGAUAUGACUGGCACCUACACGUGUGUUGUGACUUCCUUAGCCAACCAGGACUCUCGUGAGCAGGGGAUGGUUGUUUAUGCUCCAGCAAAGACAAUAGUAGUUAAUCACAGCUUGACUCCGUCAAAUGAGUUAGAGGUAUCUUGUUCAGCGAAAGGACUCUUUCCCAGACCACAGAUUGAGUUGUUUGUGUCUAAACCUGGUAAAACUGUUCCUCGUUCUAUCAGCGGGGCUUCUGUUACUACUUUUCCACGAGAAGGAGUUUUUGAUAUAGAACUUAAGAAGAUAUUCAGUAUUAGAGAUUUGUCCAGGACUGAAGCCACUAUUUUUGAAUGUUUCAUAGAGAUUCCAGGGACGGAUUAUGUUACAGUCAAGAGGAAGGCUUACUUUCCAGAACCUGUGAAGAUGGAACAAGGUGAUCGGAGUGGGAUUUCACACGGACGAAGAAUCUUACACUUUUCAGAAAAAAUCUUAAUAGUCAUAAUUAUAAUGGUCAUCGGCUUCUAAUGAAAAUUUUGUUUUAAUAUAUUAUGUAAAGGCAAAACAAGUUGAAGCAAAAGCGAAUAAAAAAA